AUGCAUUCACCGAUCAAAAAUGGUUAGUUCAAAAUACAGCUCAAGAAGUAGGGAGAAAAGAUAAAAUGCUGAGUAUAACGAGAACAGCCGCUAGGUAUGAGUCAUGCUUCACUGCAGGGACCAUGUCUAUCAAUCAUAGCAAAAAUAAAAGAUAACUCUGUCACAUGAUUCUUGUUCAUCUUUUCCUGCACCCCUCACUCAUUUCUCAUCCCUUGAACUUAAAACACGUAUUCUUUUACUGAGCUCAACUAAACAUGAGGUUUUUUUGCAUACUAUUGUUGAUCAUGUUAGGUCAGUGAAACCGAUAUAGAAAGAACUAUCACUUUGAUUCAGAAAUGAUGCUGCAAAACGAAAUCAUGGCCGAUCACCGAAUGAUUAACAAGUCCGACUUCCGCGGUAAUUUUUUCAGACGGAGAAAUUACGACGGUCCAAGAGCAUUCCAAAUCAAUCCGGGUUAGUUUUGAAUCCAUCUUCCCAACUUAUGAAGCUCUCUUUCAGAUGAGACAUGCUCCUACGACAACCAAUGCUCCGGAUAUCCACUUGCAAUUUGUGAUUCUGUCUGCAAGUGUGUCAAGGGCGCGUGGAACACUGGAGUUACUUGCAUUGCAUCGGCUACAGGUACUCGAUUCAGUUUUAGUACUCUUUUUUAAAUUCCAAAAUGUUUCAGCUCUUCAAACGUCUGUCGCUUGUCCGGCUGGUCAAACAUACAUCCGAGAGGCUGGAGUUUGCAUGACAGGUUAUUAGAAAUCGUUUUUUUUACUAAAUGUAAAAAUCAUUUGCAGUCCAACAACCCGGAGAACCUUGCCAAUACUCUCAGCAAUGCUCUGCGCUGGAACCAGGUGCAUACUGCUUGAAAAUGAGGUUAGACCAAAUGCAUAAUUCGAAUCUAGAGCAUAUUAACUUUAUUUAAAGAUGUGAGUGCGUGUACGGAAUGAAAAAGAGCAGCAACGGAUGUACAUUUGUGAACAACGACUGUAAACAGAGAGGUCACAUCUUCAUCAGCGAGAUCGGAGAAUGUCGGGAAGUGAUCCCUCCGGGCGGCAAGGGAUGCUCUCACAAUCUCCAAUGCUCCGGCGCCUACCCAGAUGCCACAUGCUUCAUGCAAACUUGUACCUGCCCACCAAAUCUACCAGUUGCUGCCGAUGGAACUUGUGGAAGAGCGUGCCCUGACAAGCAGGUCUACUCUGGGGUCACUGGAGAAUGCCUUCCAGGUUUGUCCCCCAAAACUUUCACAAUUCAUUGAAUAUUGUUGUUCCAGAAAAACAACCCGGCCAAGACUGCAUUUACUCGUCUCAGUGUCAAGCAGCAUUCGGUGGACUUGUCUGUGACAAAAACACAUGUCGCUGCCCGAACGGUCUUGUUUUUGAUGGGCUCAAAUGCUCCCAGUCUUGCCCAAGUCACAAAAGAGUUAUUGACAAAGAUAUUUGUGUUGAAGGUAAGCUCAAAUCAUACAUUUCCCCCAAACACUCUUUGUUUUCAGGUUGUCCGACAAACUUUGUGGAAGUGAGCGGUCACUGUGUUUCCCAGGUGGCCAUCGGCGAGUCAUGCACUGCAAACGCCCAAUGCAACUUUGGAAGUUUCUGUCAGAGCGGAACAUGCCAAUGUCCUCCUGGAUUCUACGUUGUAGACAGUCAGUGCCAAGCAAGUGAGUUCUGAAAUCACUUUUUCUUCAUAAAUUUCAACGAAUCUAUGAUUAUAGUUGAAAGUGAUCCAAACGGAAGCUGCCACAACAACGAGAAGUGCACCAAAGGUUCAGUUUGCUACAAUGGGAAAUGUGUCUGCCCGAGAAAUCAGGAACUGGUGAAUGGAUACUGUCAACCAAACAGAGCUGGUAAGUGAAUCACAUUGCAUGUAACGCCUCCUUUCCUAACCCAAGUAAUCCAGCAGUCCAAGCCUAUAACACUGCCCUCAGUAACAUCCGUAGAAUCCGACUUCGGUUCGCAAGUCAAGCAAAGUCCCGCAAUGUUCCUCUACUAACCGACGAUGACACUAACAGUACUAAUGGUAACAACUGAUCUUAUGAAAAAACCAAACAAAUUUUUACAGUUCCAAUUGGAAGUGCUUGCGUGAGAAUCGGCGUUACUUGUGACGGCGGAUCCGUCUGUGUGGCCGGAAUCUGCGUCUGUCCGCUCAGAAAAACACCAAGAAAUGGUGUUUGCAUUGAACAAGUUGCAGGUAUAUUAUAUUUUCCAAGCUAUCUUUACAACGUUCGAAAAUUCAGCACGUCCCGGGGCCACCUGUGCCAACGGUGAAGAAUGCGUGGAGAACAGCAUUUGCAGUGAAGAAACGAACAUGUGCGAAUGUAUCAAACCAUCACAAAUGGUGGUCGGAGGGCAAUGCAUUGAAAGGCUCCGAUCGCACCCCGGAUACGGUUGCAGUAUGGGAGAACUGUGUGUGGGCAACUCGGUUUGUGUAAAUGGACGAUGCGAGUGUAUUAACGGAAAAGUGGAUAUCAACAAAAUUUGUGUGGAACCAGUUGCUGCAAAGCUCGGAGACACUUGUGGAAAGGGAAUCAACUGCCAGGGAGGUAGCUACUGUAAUCUUGAUUCUGGAAAGUGCGCGUGUCCUAGAGGAGAGAAGGAGAUUCAUGGGGUUUGAAAUACUCGCAAUGCUUUCAAAUAUUUCAUUACGAUGUUUAGGAAUGUAAACCAGUGACACUCGCUCAUCCAGGUGACAUGUGUACGGAUUUGACCGCUCGUUGUACCGGCGGAUCUUAUUGCGUUCGAGGACGGUGUGAAUGUCCGUUCAGUAUGCAUGCAGUUGACAAGAAAUGUGUUCUUCAACAAACAGGUAUGGAUCUAUCACAUUUCUAGCCCCACAGGAAGUUUUUUCAGCGGCUCCGGGAGAAUCUUGCACAGAAAGCAUCUCCUGCUCCGGUCUUUCCGUCUGCAAAAACAACCGAUGCACUUGUGUGAACGAAAUGAUAGUCAGAGACAAACUAUGCGUCCAGAGACGGAAAGUAGAGGUUGGAAGAUCUUGCGAAUUGGAAGAUCAAUGUCUUGGUAACUCGACGUGUACUGACAAUGUUUGUCUAUGCCCGACCGGCCACGUGGCAAGCAUGAAUGUCUGUCUUCUUCGCAAAACUGGUUAGUAGCCAAGUUACUAGGGCUUUUUUUUGAGAUUUCAAUAACAUUUUUCAGUCACGCCUGGAUAUCUGUGCAACCCCGAAGACAUUUGCACCGGACAAUCAGUUUGUAUCAAGGGGGUCUGUCAAUGUAAACCAGACUACAAACAAAUGCACAACAUUUGCGUCAAAAAAAACAUUGGAGUCGAAGGAGCUCCAUGUUCCACGAGAGAUGAUUGUGGUGAAGGACUUACUUGUGAUUCUGGAAAAUGUGCUUGCCCGGAGGGAUUGUUCUCUGUUAACGGAAGAUGCAGAAGCUACAGUAAGUUUGUGUCCGGUUUCAUAACAAUCCAAAUUUAUUCAAUUUCAGUUCAACUCGGUCAGACGUGUACCUCUGACGACCGAUGUGCGGCCAGAAAUGCGCAGUGCUCGGAGAACGUGUGUGCUUGCAAUUCCGGCUACGUCAACAUCAAUGGACAGUGCUCCGUUCAAAUCGUCACUCCGGCAGAACCUGAAACAUUGUCACAAAUCAAAUGUAAGUCCCAAAAUGCUCGGUUCUAUUUCUGGUGUUCUUUUUUUGUUGUGUGCCGUGAAAUUGCCGUGUUUAUUUAGCUGGACUCAUCGGUCACAUCUGUACAACGAAUGACCACUGCAAAAUCCUGCACUCUCACUGCCGACGCAACGUUUGUAUCUGCAAGGACGGCUACAGAAUCUUCGGAUCAACUCAGUGCAUCCCAAGAGUUGCCAGGCCAAAAGAGAAAAAGAUUGAGAAAAUCAGCAAACUUGUGGAACUCGGAGAGCAAUGUGAUAAACUGUCACUCUGCCAGAGAGGGGCUAUCUGCAAAGACGGCGUGUGCUCUUGUCCGGAAACUUUCUAUGAAAUGGAUGGUGUUUGUAUGAAGAAUGUGGCUAAGAUGAAAGGUUUGAAAGAUUUAUUGACAUUCAUUUUGUUUUUUAUGUUCAUGUUCAGUUUUGGUUCCCCCAUUAUCGUCAUGCUUGAACGGGGAAGAGUGCAGUGGGAAUAGUGAAUGUGUUCAUGGAAUGUGCUUCUGCAAAGAGGACUAUACGCUGUACCAGGGAAAAUGUCAACGGCUGAGAAUCGUGGAGAAGCUGCGAGUUUUGGAAACAAAGAAGAUAAUCAAUCCGGCAAAGGCAUCUUCACCUACAACCAUAAAACCUGCGGCCACAACAACAUCUCCCAUGACCACUACAGCGCUCAAAACAACAGCAAAAGCCACAACGACUACCACUACCACCACCACUACCCAAGUCCCUCUGACACCCAUAAAAAUUUCUAUGAAACUUGGUUCCUCUUCCUCUUCUUCAUCCCAAAUCACACCGAACCCAAAUGUGGAGUACAAGUGGAAGCGUAAGAAUCUUUUUUUUUUUGGUUUUCUAUGUUUCUGUUCAGUUUCCAAACCCGGACGUCCGUGUGAUUCGCUCAGUUUCUGUACCAGUUGCUCGGUGUGCGUAAACGGUUUCUGUCGUUGUCCCGAAGGUCUUGAACUCUAUGGAGAAGAGUGUGUCAGUCAGAUUGAGGGUAUCGUCCUUAGUUUCCAUUUCUCUAUAGCUUUAACUGUUGAUUUCAGCUACCAAAUGUCUUGCUUCUAAUCAAUGUCCUUCUGGAGCUCUAUGCGUGGGCGGAGAGUGCAAGUGUAGGGCUGGACUUGCUAUUUCCAAAUAUGGAUUCUGUGUACCAAUCACUUUUGGUACUAUUUUGGUUACAAAAUGAACGGGAUAUGUAAAGAAUAUUUCAGCUGAACCUGGCACAACAUGCUCUUAUGGAGAAAGGUGUCAAAAAGAUUCGCACUGUGAAGAUGGAAUCUGUACUUGCAACGAACCUUUGAUUCUGAAGGAGAACAAAUGUGUCAGAUCGCCCAGAGGUUAGUUGGAAAUGACUUAAUGAACAUAAUCCUAUCUAACAAAAGCUUGAAAUUUUACUGAAAAACUAACCGCAUGACCGUUCAGAGAAACGUUUUGUGAGUGAUACCCAUCGGAAACUUUUGCGAUUUACUCCGAAGAAAAAGGCAAAGCUGGGAGAGUAUUGUUUCCGAGAUGACCACUGUGAAAGUCAAAAGCAGUGUCUGAAUCAUGUCUGCAAAUGCGCAAGGAACUUUGUUCAAUCUUCAUUCUCUUGUGUUCCCCGGAUGUCAGGUAUGUCACACUUAUAGUUCCACUGAAAUGUAGCGUUAGUUCAGUCGUUUCGUCACUCGCCCUACCCGGAGAGUCCUGCCGCAAAGGUUUCUGUGUCGGCGGAUCCACUUGCACAAAUUUUAUCUGCAAAUGUCCCGAAGAUUAUUAUAAACAAGGCGAUUCUUGCAUCAGAUAUGAGUCCAGAAUUGGUGCUCCUUGUGGUCUGACAACGGGAUGUUCCGGAGGAUCCACAUGCUCUUCCUCUUACUGUCAGUGUCACGACCAGUACGAUGCGGAUAUUGAUGAAUGUUAUCCCUAUGAGACACCGGCUAGAAGCAAAAACAUCAAAUCUAUCUCUGGAAGGAAGAAAGUCAAUCGUGUUGUGAGUGGUAUGUAUUCAUUCAGUUUGAGGCCAAGCAGCUGAUGAACUAAAUUUUCAGCGUCGACCGUCAACUGUCCAAUUGGAUACGAUCUUGUCAACGGAAUGUGCGUCAAUAGUGAGACCCUUUCAGUUAUCCAAUUAGGUAUGUGCAGGCGUUUCUGCUACGGCAGAAAAACAUUCAAUUUCAGCUGAACCCGGUGGAGCCUGUGAAGAUGGAAGAGUACUUUGUACUGGCAAUUCUGUAUGCGCAAACAAUGUAUGUAUCUGUCCUGGCGGAGAAACCGUUCAAAACGGGACGUGCUUAUCGAUAAACACUUUUUCUGCACCUGGAGAACUGUGCGACCUGACAAACACUGUUUGCACUGGAAACUCGCAAUGUGUUGAAGGCGUCUGCAAAUGUCCUAGCAAUCAAGGCGCCAUCAAUGGGAAAUGUACGAGCAUGGGGAACACAGCUUGUGGACAGACUCAAUGCGGAAACAACCAGAUUUGCAUUCAAGACAGUUGUCAGUGCAGACCGGUGAGUGCAAUCAAUCAAAACUUCUCAAUCGCGAUUUCUGGUGUUAAGGGCUAUUACCAGCAGCCAGGCAGUUGUGUAGCCGAUCGUUGCAACUGCAUACAAGAAGUAGACCUCUCAAACGUGGACCCGUGCAAUACUAGACAAUGUGGAAUGAAUCAAAUUUGCCUUCAAGACCGUUGUCAGUGCAGAACUGGAUAUCUGCAGUUACCAGAAUCAUGCGUGGCCGAUCGAUGCAAUUGUGUUCAACCAUCCAUCGAUGUGAGUGGAAGUUGUCCAAAUCAGUGUGGUAAUAAUCAAGUCUGCGUGCAAGAUCAGUGCCAGUGUCAAAACGUAAGCUAGCGCUCAUUAACUUUUCAUAAUUGUAUGAAAACAUUUAGGGAUACUAUGUACAACCGGAUAGCUGCGUGGGUGAUCGCUGUAAUUGUGUUCAGCAGCAAAUUCUUCCGGAUGCAGUUAGCUGUCAAAGACAAUGCGGGAACAAUCAAGAAUGUGUUCAGGACAGAUGUCAAUGCAGACAGGCAUGCUUGUAAAAUGAAAAGUGCCUAAGUAAGAUAGAGGUUUCAGGGAUACUCGGCACAAACAGAAAGUUGUAUUGCUGAUCGCUGCAAUUGUGUCCAAAGUGCCACAAUCGCCUGUGUCGGAAGUGGAUGCUCACCUUCUCAAUCUUCCUCUCCAUUCUUCGGGUUGCCCGGGCAAGUGUGUGAUCUGCGACCCGAUGCAACUCCAUGUCGAAAUCAAGCUCAAUGCAUCAACAACUACUGCGCGUGCCCGUCAGAUCGAGUGA